AUGAUACAUAAAAUAAGGAGAUUUAGGGGGAAGAAUGGUCUUGUGGCUAUUAAGCUUGACCUUGAAAAGGCCUAUGACAGGAUUCGUUGGGACUUCCUUGAAGAAACGCUUGUUCACUUUAGGUUCCCUCGCAUUUGGGUUGAUCUGAUUAUGUUCUGUGUUCUGAGCUCCAGGUUGUCGGUGCUUUGGAACCACGAGAAGACGGACUUUUUCAGCCCUUCUAGAGGCUUACGACAAGGCAAUCCUAUUUCUCCGUAUCUCUUUGUGCUUUGCAUGGAAGGCCUUGGUCAAUUGAUUCAACAAGCUGUUGAAAAUAAUACUUGGAAACCGAUCAAAUUGGGCAAGGAUGGUCCUCGGAUCUCUCAUUUAUUUUUUAUUGAUGAUCUAUUCUUAUUUGGUAGGGCCAAUGAAGAUCAAGCCAAUGUUUUCAAAUCUAUUUUGGAUCGAUUUUGCCUUGUUUCGGGAGCAAAAGUGAGUUACGAGAAGUCGAAGUUCUUCAUAUCUCCAAAAGCUUGCUCAAAUGCUAGCCGAAGGUUUGGCCAAAUUGUAAAUUUAGGUGCUACUUUGGAUUUGAAAAAAUAUCUUGGAGUGCCCCUCAUUCAUGGUCGGAUUACCAAAGCAACCUAUAGCGAGCUUGUGGAUAAAGUGCAUCUAAGGCUUAACGGGUGGAAAAUGAGGCAUUUGUCUAUGGCAGGGAGAGCUACGCUUGUGAGGUUCCUGUGGGCUGGUGAUGAUGAAAAAUGUUCCCCUCAUUUGGUAGCUUGGAAUGAUAACUGGUUGUGGAAGCCUCUUGUACAGUACCCUGAUGUUUCGUUUUUUAUUGCGGAUAAUUCAACAAAAGUCUCAGAGUUUAUUACGGCAAAUGGUAAGUGGGAUUUAGAACGUGUUUUUGCUCAACUCCUUAUGGACGUGGCGAAUAAAGUUACGAGUUAUCCCUUACCCAGAGUUUCAACUUUACCUGAUUCUUAUAUUUGGGGCCUCUCUACAAAUGAGACGUGGUUGGCUGAAAAUCUUGAAAAAUCUAAACAUUCGGAGGAGUACAUCGCUGGGUUUGCAGCAACUCUGUGGAAGCUUUGGACAUAUCGGCGUGUUAAGAGCUUCGAUCAAAAUGGUGUAGUGUCGGAUGAACUUGGCAUGUGGGCCCCGAAGGAUCAGUUUAUGGUGACUUGGAAGGCUCCAAGUGAUGGCAUCAUUAAGUUAAACACUGAUGGCGCAAGUCAAGGGAGCCCGGGUCUAGCGGGAGCUGGUGGAAUUUUCCGCAAUGCUAGUGGCGAAUGGAUUCUGGGAUUUUCAGCGCUUGUCGGGAUCUGCACCAGCAUGGCAGUCGAACUUCAAGCGGUUCGCAUGGGUUUGAUGAUCGCAUGGGAUAAGGGUUUCCGAGCUAUUGAAUGUGAAGUUGAUGCACAAUUAGCUCUUCCUCUUAUUGAUUCGGGAUGCAUAGAUAUUCGUAAUCUCAAGAAUCGCAGCUGGUCUCUCACAUUUCUCCAUACGUAUCGCGAGGGAAACUUUAGUGCUGACAUACUUUCGAAGAUGGGUUGUAGUCUUGACGAAGAGCUUGUUAUCUUCGAGCAUCCGCCGACAUAA